AUGUCAGCGCCAUCCAUCCCCAAUCUUCUCUCUCUCCGGGCCAGAGGCGGUCGGGGCCGAAGCCGAGGCCGGGGGCAAGGACGCGGAGGUUCUGGAGCCGGCGCGGAAUCUCGUGCUCCUCGCGGCCAGGCACAUGAUGCGGUCAUCCAGGGAACCGAUACGGAUGCCGCCGUGUCGAGGUUGAGUGCCGUCGACACGGGCUAUCUGAGCGAUCCAUAUGCGCGGUAUUUUGUAUCUGCUUUUGAUGGUCCGCCGGCAAGACGAUUCCCCAUCAUCAACAGAGGAACAUAUACGCGUACAACAGCUAUAGAUAACCUCGUUCGCGCGUUUCUUGCAAGAACUGAGGGAGAAGUCACGAGGCAGAUAGUAUCUCUGGGCGCUGGCACUGAUACUAGGCCUUUCCGGCUCUUUAGUCAACAAAGCCGUCCAAAGCUGGUCUAUCAUGAGAUUGACUUCUCAGUAACAAGUGCCAAGAAGCUCAAGACAGUUGAGGCAGUGCCGCCUUUGGCCAGCGUGUUGACGAAUCGAUCAACAGGUCAACAGGACACAGGUAGCUGGUCAAGCCAGCCGUUGAAUGGAGAGUAUUUCUGCCACGGGCUAGAUAUCCGCCGGUUAUCACCUGCGGCUACCGAAAUCCUACCCGGGCUUCGCACCGACGUCCCUACUCUCAUCCUCUCGGAAUGCUGUCUCUGCUAUCUCUCUCAGGAGGAAUCAGAGGGUGUGCUUGAGUAUUUCUCGUCUCGGAUACCCAAUAUUUCCGUCGUAAUCUACGAGCCGAUCCACCUUGGAGAUCCAUUUAGUGAUACCAUGGUAUCAAACUUGGCAGCGCGGAAUAUUCACAUGCCUAGCCUCGAGCGCCGCAGAAACGAAGCAGACGAAGCGGCUCGGCUUAAGCGAAUAGGGUUUGAGACCACCCGUCAAUUGACGAUUGAUCGCUUGUGGAGCAAGUGGGUGGAUGCCGAAGAGAAGGAGAGAGUUGACAGGCUUGAAGGACUUGAUGAAGUCGAAGAGUGGCAACUACUUGCCGGGCACUAUGUUGUGGUAUGGAGCUUUAGGGGAGACGGAUUCGAGGGGUGGAGAGGCAUUGAAUAA